AAACUCUCCUUCGCUUCACUUUUCCUUGAAAAAAAAAUAAAAGCUUUGAAACUCCCAAAAAAAAAAAAAAAAAUUCUCAAAAAUCGGAUUUUUUUCCCCCAAUUCCGCCGUCCCAAUCUCGCUUGCGACCUGCGAUUGAUUCGUGAAUAAAAAACUUUGGUGGAUUCUUAGCAGCGAUCCUUGAUUCUCUUUUCAAUGGUUUCGAUCUCUUGAUUUAAUCUCACUGGUCAAGUUUGAUCGUCUUGGAUUCCUUUUUUUUUUUUUUGGAUUUGAAUUCUUGUCAGCUGGUGGUGUUUUGAUGGAGCUGAAGGAUCUGUAAAUUUGUGGAGGAGUUUUCAAAGUUGGAGCUAAGAGGUAUGAGCAUCUGUUGAAUUUGCCAAGUUUGUAUGCUCUUGGUGGUAAGCUACAGGCAUCAAUGACUGUUAGAAAAUACCUCAAUCCUUCUUUUCCCAAUAUGGACGAGGAACCUCUGCAGUUGAAUCAAUCUCCCCGCUCAAUAGAUCGAUCAUAUCGGCAACCUGAUCAACAUGAAGCACAAUGUUUGUUAUGCAGGAGAUUAUUUUCUCCAGAGGCUGAGCUGAAUGAAGCUUUUGAGGCAAUACCUAUAUGCAGAGGUUGUAAACUCUCAGUUCUAGAUGACACUGACACAGGAGCAAACAUGAGAAACUUAAUCCGAAGAAGAAGGUAUGGUCGGAGAAACAGGUUGGGGAGCUCAGAAUCAAUAGAGGAUUUGUUUUCUCAUCAGUUCUCACAGCUCAUCAGUUUGGUGAGGCAGAAUCAUGAGGCAUUAAUUGAUGGUGAUUCUGCGAGUAUUUUGCACAAUCAUUCAAGCCAUACUGCUUCUCGAAGCAGGUCUAGAAGAUGGAGGGCGUUUUCUGAUAAUGACAGUGAUAGUGUUGAUUAUGUGGAAUCGUUAUAUGGUGAAAGUGACUCGAUUCUCAGUUUUGGUGGAUAUGGAGGUGAGUCGGACACUUCUGUGGAUGGACGCAGUAUAAAUGAUAGAGAAAUUCUUGUUCCGCUGGACAAUGAGAACCGUUUUUACACUGAUAGUGACAUUGAUCCAAUGCAUGCGGGCUUGGAUCAGUGGAAUUCUGAUAACGAAGAAGAUGACGACGGUGAAUGGGAAGAGGCUGAUGUUGAUGAAGCAUCAAGGUCUGAGUCACACGCAUUGAUGAGGGAUGCUACUGGCAGUCAGAUCACCGGCAAUAGAGGAGGCUUUCGGGAUAGUACCGUCGUUCGGUGGAUGCUUAGGGAAAAUCAACUUAGAUAUUAUUCCGACUUUUUCUUCGAUGUGGAAGGAUCUGAAAUCCCUCCAUAUUUGGAGAACACAGGGCCCUAUCUUGAUGCAAGAGGCUUCGAGGAGGUCCUUGAACAGCUAGCAGAAAACGACGAUGGCUCAAGAAGAGGGGCUCCUCCUGCUUCGGCCUGUUUUGUUGAAAGUCUUCCCUCUGUUAUCAUUUCAAAGGAUCAUGAGACAAAUGGCAGUUUGAUUUGUCCUGUUUGUAAGGAUCCCCUACUUAUCUGUGCCGAAGCGAAACAACUCCCCUGCAAGCAUCUCUACCAUUCAAAUUGUAUAUUACCAUGGUUAAGCACAAGGAAUUCUUGUCCCGUCUGCCGUUAUGAGCUUCCAACUGAUGACCCUGAUUAUGAGGAGGGUAAACAAAGAAUGAACACAAGUGUCCAUGAGGUUCACCAUCAGCAUCAAACUGAGGAAACUUCAUCUGAAAUAUCAACUGACAUUGAAACCGAUGAGGCAAUGCAAGCUAAUGCUAAUGCUAAUGCUAGUGAUAACCAAGCGGAGAGUUCAAACCGAGCAGGUGGUGGUCGAGGACGGUGGCUAUUUCUUGCUGCCGCCCCCAUAGUUAGUAUGGUCGGUGUUGUAGUUGUUUUGUGGCUCAAGAAUUCCUUUGGAAAUUCAAGCAUCUGCUACAACCACCGGGCAGGAGAUCCUCAUCAAAUUCAGAAUAGCCAUAGCAUCUCAUCACCACCAAAUCGAAGUAACCGGAGAUGGUGGUCUCUGUUCUGAAUUCUACGUAUUGUGUGAAUCAGGUUGCUGUUGAAGGUUCGAAUAACUGACGACGAUAUCAAAGUACAAGUUAACAGUUUGAUAAUCAAUGUCUUGACACACAGGACUUGUUUGGGGAAUUGAUGAUGUUGUUGUUGUUAUUGCUGUUGUUGCUGUUGUUGCCUGUGAAGGGUUUUGUUGUCAGAAUAACCACUUUGGUUCUUGCCAUUUCUUUUCAGAACAGUAGGUGAUGAAUUGGUAAUGAAUUGUGACAUUUUGGCAUAAAUUUGGGAUUUCAUUCUUCA